CUGUCUGACAAACCUACGCCAUGUCCCUCUGACCUCUACUACUAUGCUCUCUAUUCCAGUUGGUCUCUGGAACUGCCAGUCUGCAGUUAACAAAGCAGACUUCAUUUCCUCUAUUGCUACCCAUUCCGGUCUCAACCUCAUGGCACUGACAGAGACUUGGAUCAAACCUGAAGAUACUGCCACCCCUGCAGCCCUCUCUACUAAUUUCACUUGUUCCCACACUCCUCGUACCACUGGGAGGGGUGGAGGUACGGGUCUCCUUAUAUCCAAAGAAUGGAAAUUUGAACUUCAGCCAUCACCUACAGGUCAACUGGGAAACUUCUUGGAGGAGUUGGAUGUGCUGCUAUCAAACUUUCCUGAAGAUGGUACUCCUCUGGUACUGCUUGGUGACUUCAACAUCCACUUAGAUAAACCCCAGGCUGCUGACUUCAAAACUCUGCUCACCUCAUUUGAUCUCAAGCUAGUGUCCACUACAGCGAAUCACAAAUUGGGCAACCAACUUGACCUCAUCUACACGCGCUGUUGCUCUGUGGACACCUCUUCAGUUGCUCCACUGCACACCUCUGAUCACUUCCUCAUUACUGCUAACCUAGCACUUACUCCUGAAGUGGCACCCACUCCAAUGCAGGCACGUCCGCACCGCAUUGAGUUAAAAACAUCUCAACUUUUGGAGGAGGAUGGGGAGGAGGUGGAGGACGGACCCCCGAGACAGGGCCAGCAGACAGACACCAUGGAGGGUGAAUCCAGGGAAGAGGCCACGGAGGGAGGAACCAGGAAGGAGCCAGGCGGGACCCUGGCGGGGCAUCAUAGAGGAUAG